CAGGAGACAGACAGACACGGGCACACGGCGAGCGCCGACCGGGGCCCGCCAGCUACGCGCGUUGUGGCGCAAGAUCUUCCGCGCGUGACGGGCGGGGGCAAAUCAGCAAAGCAGAGGCGGAGCGGAGCGCCGGGCCCCCGUGUGAUCCGGUCCCUUCUUCUUUCCCGUCCGGCCGUCCCCCUCCGCACCACACGACGUUGGAUAGAUUCGCCGGCUCGGGACUGGCGGGGCGUCGGCGGCGGACUCGGCACCUGCGCCAUGGGCUGCGCGUCGUCGAGGCAGUCCGGGGCGCGCGACGUGAUGGAUCCCGAAGUGCUCGCGUCCGAGACCUCAUUCACGGUGAACGAGGUGGAGGCGCUGUACGAGCUGUACAAGAGGAUGAGCUUCUCCAUCAUCAAGGACGGCCUCAUCCACAAGGAAGAGUUCCAGCUCGCCUUGUUCAGGAACAGCGAGAAAGCCAACCUCUUCGCCGACAGGGUCUUCGACUUGUUCGAUCUCAAGCGGACUGGGGUGAUCGAUUUCGAGGAAUUCGUGCGGUCGCUCAGCGUAUUCCACCCCAAAGCGCCCACAUCGGAAAAGACGGCGUUCGCGUUCAAGCUGUAUGAUCUGAGGGGGACAGGUUACAUCGAGAAAGAAGAGCUAAGGGAGUUGGUCUUGGCGCUUCUAGAUGAGUCUCAUCUGUGCCUUUCAGAUAGCACAGUCGAGGAGAUUGUCGAUAAUACAUUCAGUCAAGCGGACUCGAAUGGAGAUGGCAAGAUAGAUCCUGAGGAGUGGAAGGAAUUUGUGAAGAAGAACCCGGCAGCAUUGAGAAACAUGUCACUCCCCUAUUUGCAGGACAUCACCACGGCAUUUCCCAGCUUCAUAACGCGAUCGGAAGCCAAAGACUGACAGAAAUAUUCAGGUAGAGAAGCGUAUAAGCAAGCAUAGUUCCAUCGCCCCGUUACGCCUAACUUCAGCUGCAAUGGAGUGCAUGAGGUUUGUUGCAUACGCGGCAGCCUAACGAGACAUGAUGAAAAAACUCAGGUUCGCUCACUGCUGACAUACUUUCGUCUAAACAUCUUGUGUGUAGUUGACUAGUUGUAAUUGUAAGGAAAUAAUAAGUUGUGAGCAGUUGGAAUUGUAGCUAUAUAUUGCUGAUGGACUUAAUUUAGCAGGUCAGCUGCUGAAGUGUUUUUGUCCAUGCUGCUGCCUGUAGUUGUAAAAAGCAGCAUGAUUGGUGGCUGGUGACGAGCUAUGUUCAGCUGGCUGUGUUUAGUAGCUGGUGUUGAUUUGUUAUCAAAGAAAAAUAUUGUUGGCUAGCUGGUGGUUGAUACUGAUUUGGUGUGAAAGAAAAAUACUGUUGGCUGAUUGGCUGACAAGCCAAGCGAACAGAGUGAAUGUAUUGGUUGGCUGGCUGA